CGACAAUAUAUCUUCUCCCAUACCAUUAAAAUGCAGUUACAUUGAACCGUGAAUGUGCACCUGUGUGCCAGACCGAGGGGUCAAAGCGGUCGACCGAUCAGCGGCAUGAGCCGACCGGGCCAGUUGUCGGAGGCUAGCACCUCCCUGGAGCAGGCUCUGAAGACCCCGCGCACAGCUCGCUCCGCUCGCCCAGUCACCUCGCAGGCGGCGCGCACCAUACGGCUCGGAACCGCAUCCAUGCUCUCUCAGCCCGAUGGACCUUUCAUACAGGUUGCUCGAUUAAACCUUGCUAAUUAUGCUACCAAAGAUAACAUCUCAAAACCUUUGUUCCAAUACAUCUAUUAUCAUGAGAAUGAUAUAAGCAAUGCGAUGGAUCUGGCAGUAGAGGCGACCAAGGCAUGUCAAUUCAAAGACUGGUGGUGGAAGGUGCAGCUGGGCAAAUGCUACUUUUCGCUGGGUCUGACCAGAGACGCCGAACAACAGUUCCGGUCGGCGCUCAAACAGAAUCCGACGGUGGAGGCACUUUUGCGUCUGACACGUGUCUACGUGCGACUCGAUCAGCCGCUGUCUGCGUUGGACGUGUGUCGUGCGGGACUCGACACGUUUCCCGGCGAGGUCACGCUCAUGACCGAGAUGGCACGAAUUUUGGAAGGCUUGAACAACAUACCAGCGUCUGUUAAAUAUUACAAGGAGAUUCUGCAGAAAGAUGCUACAAACAUAGAAGCGAUUGCUUGCAUUGGAGUCAACCAUUUCUAUUCAGAUCAACCCGAAGUGGCUCUCAGAUUCUACAGACGGCUACUUCAGAUGGGACUAUACAGUGGUGAGCUGUUCAACAACCUUGGACUGUGCUGUUUCUUCGCCCAACAGUACGACAUGACACUCAGCUGCUUUGAGCGCGCUCUCAGCUUGGCUGUUGACGAAAAUGCAGCUGAUGUGUGGUACAAUAUAUCCCACAUAGCGAUCGGUGUAGGCGACGUGCGCCUAGCGACUCAAUGCCUGCAGCUGGCGAUAUCUGUGGACCGAAACCAUGCGCCUGCUUACAACAACCUAGGCGUGCUGCAGUACGCGGCAGGCGGCGCACCAGGCGCCAAUCAGGCGCAAGGCUACUUCCAGGCGGCCGCCUCAUUGGCACCCUAUCUCUACGAGCCGCACUACAACCAUGCCAUUCUCUCUAAAACUGCUGGAGACAUGCAGACAAGCUAUGUUGUCGUGCAAAAAGGCUUGAAAGCAUAUCCGGCGCAUUCGGGAUCUCAGGCACUACUCAAGGAAUUGGAGAAGCAUUUUUCAAAUCUCUAGCUACUGUAUCAAGUGCAUUUAAUCGUGUGCAAUUCAAUAGAAAUAUUCACACUUCUAUGUUAAGAUUAUUGUAGAGAUGAACUGCUGAAAAAUGAAUAUAAUGGUUAACACACUG